UACUUGCCUCCAUUCUCACAGAAACAUAUCCUUAUACCGCAUCGGAAGUCCAUGCAUCGUCUCGCCGGCCGCGCUCCGAUCCGCCGCGGGGCCUCAAGUCUCAAUGCCAGCAAUGCAUUCCACGACAACAUGACGGCGAAGAUCGACGAGUUGGCUCAGCUACCACAAACGGGCGUAUCACUCCAGUAUUUACUGGAGUUCGGAACGGGUAUUUCCCCUCAGAAGCUCAUCCAGUCCGCGCGCUUCUUGCACGGGGAAAUGCCCGUCCGAUACGCGCACCGCAUCAAGAAUCUGGAGAAUUUACCGCAUGGACUAAGCGACAUGCCGUCGGUCAAGCAGGUGCGUGAAUGGUACGUCAACUCGGCCCAGGAGCUGCUGAAUUUCCCAAAAGUGGAAACAUAUCAAGACGAAUUGGCUUUUCGAGAUUUAAUCGAAAGCAUUAAAGGCCGCCAUAGUGGCACGUUGUAUACAAUGGCCAAAGGCGUCCACGAACUCAAGAUGGAACUAUUCAAGUCUUUUUCGGAAAAAGGUCAUGGAGUCACCAGGAAAGAACUGGGGCAGAGAUAUUUGAGAUCCCAAGAAUUCGCAGACUUGUCAGAUUUGCACUCCUUUCUGGAUGCAUUUUACAUGUCGAGAAUCGGGAUUCGAAUGCUCAUGAGCCAACAUAUUGCUCUUCAUGAGGAAGAGGAAGGAUGGGUUGGCUGUAUCUGUGAGAGCACUUCACCCGCUGAGAUUGCCCUUGCGGCUAUUGACACUGCCCGGCACAUGUGUUUGAGGCAGUAUGGAGAUGCCCCUGAGGUUGAAUUGCAUGGCCACACUGACUUCUCCAUGCCUUUUGUACCAAGUCACUUGCACCACAUGCUCUUCGAGGUGAUCAAGAACUCUAUGCGUGCGGUGGUAGAAUUCCACGGAGUUGACAAUGACAUGCCGCCUAUAAAGAUCGUAAUUGCAGACGGAGAAGACAACGAAGAUGUGUCGAUUAAAAUCUCGGACGAAGGAGGAGGCAUCCCGCGCUCGUCCGUCUCGCGCAUUUGGUCGUAUCUUUACACGACGGCAGAUUCAGAAGCGUUCGAAAGGCUAGAGGCCCCCAAUGAUUUCGGCGGGGACUCACCGCUCGCCGGACUGGGAUACGGCUUGCCGAUCAGUCGUUUAUUCGCACGCUACUUCGGUGGAGAUCUUCAAGUGAUCUCAAUGGAAGGAUACGGCACUGAUGCGUAUCUGCAUCUGAAGCGUGUGGGUGACGCUUCUGAGCCGCUCCCGUAACGGAAUCACUCGAUGAACAAACAACUUGUGCUUUUUGAAUAUUGAAUCGCUGGACCCACGCCCAGUGUAGUUGUAAUAGAACGCAAUGACGCUGUAGGAUACAGAGGUUUGAUAGUACCUACUAGAUGAUCUAAGUGUGCCUACUCUUCGGUCGUAGCAUCUGCGCUCGUGCGUGAAUUCUACUAGUGGCAGUUCCAGCACCAGCUCCACCAUUCUCUCCUGAAUUGGGUCUUGUUUGGUGUCGUGAAGAACCAUUGAUCUUUACACCUUGAAGGGGAUCUAACUUCGUUUGAGACCUUGGUCGGUCUUCAGGUGGCUCAAGCGUAAUUGCUGCUAACAUUUUGGUUGCAGAUGAGUCGUUUUCCACAUUUGGCGGACGCUUUAGCAAUGCGGAUGA